AUGAACAUCACAACAAUGACGCCGGCGAACAGAAAUACAAAACACAAACAGUGAAAUCAUCAGAAAACUGAAAUGGGUUUCUCACUUUCUCUACCUUAAACCCCGAAGCCGAAAUCUUCACAGGAAUUCCUUACAAAAAUGGGUAUCUUUACACCUUCACUAAUGAACCAUCUUUGUCUCAAUGCCUUCAGCAGAAGACCUCGCCUUUCCACUCUACUCUGCUCUCUCCACCAGAGUGGAAGAAGAGACGAGGUAACCUCUAUUGCCAAGAACAUUUGCCAUCUUUCCACUGUAGCUGAAGUUUUAGAAUUUGAAUGUGAUGAACUCCUUGAUGAUAUCAAAGCAACAAAGAAAGACACUGCAUUACGUCUAGCUCUCUCAAGACUUGCUAGUGAUUUUGGUAGAGAAUCUAUGUUGUCAUUACAACGGUUUUUUAGCUCACGACGUGCACCUGUGAUAUCUACUGGCUCAUUGAAGCUUGAUAUAGCUCUUGGGGUUGGAGGAUUACCGAAGGGAAGAAUUGUUGAAAUUUAUGGGCGAGAGGCAUUUGGAAAAACAACACUUGCCCUUCAUAUCAUCAAGGAAGCUCAAAAGCUUGGAGGGUAUUGUGCAUAUCUUGAUGUGGAAAAUGCGAUGGACCCUUCACUUGUAGAAUCGAUUGGUAUAAACACAGAAAAUCUUCUUAUCUCCCGUCCAAGUUCUGCUGAAAAUUUGCUAAGUGUGGUUAACACUCUGACCAGAAGUGGAGCUGUAGAUGUUAUUGUGGUUGAUAGUGUAGCUGCCCUUGUCCCCCAAUGUGAACUUGAUCAUAUGAUUGGUAGCACUUUUCAAGAUAUGCAAUCCCGGAUAAUGACCCAAGCACUUAGAAAAAUCAAUUACUCAUUAUGCCAAUCUCAAACCCUUAUUGUUUUCCUUAAUCAGGUUCGAUCAAGUCCAAAAUCAGGGCAAGGUUUUGGACUUGUGGAUGAGGUCACCUGUGGCGGAAAUGCCUUGAAAUUCUAUGCAGCUGUACGAAUGAAGAUGAUAAGGACAGGAUUACUCAAGGCUGAGGAAAAGGUAACUGGCCUUGGGGUUUGCGUCCAAGUGGUGAAAAACAAUCUGGCGCCUUCAAUGAAAAAGGCUGAAUUGGGGAUACAAUUUGGGAGAGGCUUUUGCUGUGAAGCUGAGGUAUUGGAGUUAGCUUGUGAACAUGGAGUCAUUGUCAAAGAAGGAAGCAACUACCUAAUAGAUGGGAAACUUUUCAGUGGUAAACAUGUAGCUGAGCAGUUUCUAGUCGAAAAUGAUGGAAUUCUCAAUAAGAUAGUCUUGAUAUUAAGGAGACUGUUGUUUGAAAAGAGAAAAGAGCAUCACGUUAAAUCCUUGAAUGGAUGAGUUUUACUCAGAUAUGGUAGUUAGAUGUCAAAGGACCCAGCCACUUUUCUAACCUGUAGGAUCCUAGAACUUGAGAUUACAACAGUGUCUUCCUCUUCAGGUACAAGUCUUGCUCUUGAUGUGAAUUAAGCAUUCGACAACAACACUAAUUGAAUUGAUUUAAUCUGCAGUUCCCUUCUGUUAUUUCAGAAGAAAGACAUAAUAGCUCAUGUGGUUGGGUCCUUUGGUUUAUCUUCAGACUUUCAUUCUUUGCUUGUUUAUCUUGUAAAAUCAUUUUAAAUACUCUGAUAAUGAAUUAUAAAUCUCUGUUGUAAUAUUAUAGUAGUUGCAAAGAACACCAAAAACAUCAAUUUUGAGUACUCUUUGAUGUAUUAUCUGUAAAAUAUUGUUUCAAUGCUUGUUGGACCUUAGAGACGAA